AUGUUGCGAGUCGGCUCCUGGUUUUCUGGCAAGAAGCCGGCGGAGUUUGUGGACUCGCAGGUCGAAGUCAAAGACUUGGUGGAAGCGUUGAACGCGGCUGCACUGAUUCUCAAUGAUGAUGUCGAGGGCGCUGAAAAUGGUCUCUCGAAGGGAACCUCCACAUUUCACAAGUUGGGCAAAGGCUUGGUCGCAUUCAUUCAAGCGACUUUGAGCUUUGAGCAGGAUAUCAUGCAAGAAGCAUCCAAGCUUCUCUAUGAUGCCGAAACUAGCGCAGCAAGCGAUCAAAUUCGGGCCCAGGAAACUGCCCAAGCCCCCAAUGCGUUUAAAUCGGAUAUAUACACUGCCGGAUCUGAGUAUGCGCUAUGCCAGGUAGUCGCCCAGUUGAUGACUGCGGUGCUUGGAGUGCUGAACGAGAGCUGGACAGAAAGUAUUAUGGCAUUUUAUAAACUGAGAAAGGCUUAUAUCACACUGGACGCUCUUUUGAAGAUGGAAGAAAAAUUUAUGGAGCUCAGGGACCCAAACAAGGUGCUGCUGCCUACCGCAAGUAAACUCUCCAAGUCGAGCGCUGCAUCCCCGGACACGGAAUCAGAGUCGUCCAGCCUGUCAUCGAAGAAAGAUGUCAAGGUGGGAACGGCCAAGAAGACCGAACUUAAUGCAUCAAUGAGCGACCUGUCUAUAUCUCCCAGGGUAUUGAGCCCAAUUGCUGCGGCGGGUGCUUCCACACCCAAGCAUAUUCACCAUGAUCCCGACUCUGACGUCUUCAAAAAUGAGAUUGAUGUGUUUGUGCAUUCUGGCGCAAAUUGCUGUUUUGGUAUCCUACUACUGUUGAUCUCCAUGGUUCCGCCGGCGUUCAGCAAAAUUCUUAAAAUCGUCGGCUUCCACGGCGACAAACCACGAGGACUGAGGAUGCUCUGGCAAGCUAGCAAGUUCCACGAUAUCACUGGUGCCAUUGCUGCACUGGCCUUGCUAGGAUAUUACAACGGCCUUGUCCCCUUCUGCGACAUAAUGCCCGACCCAACUCCUGGUGAGGCCGAUGUCGAGGGAUAUCCGCAGGAGCGACUGGAUAAGUUACUAGUGGAGAUGCGGUCUCGGUUCCCGGAUAGUCGGCUUUGGACGCUGGAAGGAUCGCGGAUGUUGGGCGCGAACAAGAAUCUGGAGGGGGCGUUGGCUCUCUUAUCCAAGGGCAACAGCAGUCCUAUCAAGCAGGUUGAGGGAUUGUGCGUAUUCGAGAAGAGUCUGAAUGCACUCUUCUUGCACAAAUAUGACAUCUGCGCCGACGCAUUCGUUGAAUGCGUUAAACUCAACUCGUGGUCCCGUGCGUUAUACUACUACGUCGCUGGAUCGUGUCACGUCGUCCUAUACCGACAAUCCAUCCACGACCCAGAUCUAGCCCAAGCACACGCCAAAAAGGCCGAAGAGUAUAUCCGCAAAGCCCCUGAAUUCGUCGGCAAGAAGCGAUUCAUGGGCCGUCAUCUCCCAUUUGAUGCCUUCGUAAGCCGCAAAUUUGCCAGGCUGGAAGCCCGUGCCAAAGAAUGGGAUGUCCCCCUCGUCGACGCAUUUGGAGUCGAUCCAAUCGAGGAAAUGAUUUUCUUCUGGAACGGACAUAGCCGCAUGACCGAGGUGCAACUGGAAGAGUCCCUGGCCAAGUUGGCAUGGUGCGAAAGCGAUGCCAAUAAGACCUGGCCUCGCGAAAGCCGGGAAGACAAAGCCGUUCUGGAUGUGUUGCGCGUUGCCAUUCUGCGCGCUCUUUACCGAUUCGACGAGGCGAAGACGAUCCUGCUUACUCGCGUGCUGAAUCUUAAUAAGGCGACUUUUAAGGGUCAUCUCAAGGAUGACUGGGUGCUUCCUGUUGCGAACUUUGAGAUGGCUGCUAACUUAUGGAUGGAGAGGCCUACGUAUAAGGCUUUACAUGGGGAUGUGUCUGAUAAAGUUGAUUCUGGGUCUGGAGAUAGCACGGAGGUUGAGAGGAAGCUGGUCAGUGAGUGUAAGAAAUACCUUACAACGGCUGCUGAGUGGGAGAAGUAUGAGUUGGAAACUCGGAAGGGGUUUAAGGUCACUGCAGGUUUGGAGGCCGUCAAUAAAUGGGAGAGUAUGCAUCCAAUGGCAUAG